CCUACUCAGCCUACUGUCUCUUUAGAUCUAGAUCUAGACUAGACUCUAGAUCUAUAUCUACUACUACUAGUCUACUAAUCUAGUUGUCUCUAGUAUUACUAGAUCUAGACUCAUCCAAGAUACCAAGACUUACUCAAAUAUAUAGAUCUAGAUCUAAGUCUAGUAAAGUAACUUAGACUAUUAUUGAACUUAGCUAAAUAAAGACAUAUUAACUUUCCAUGAUGGUUGACACAGACCAUAACUAUUCUUUUAAUCCCAACGAUGUCUUCAAAAAAAUAAGUAUAAAAAUAGACAGACCAGAUUUGUUGGCACAACCAUGUGAAGAACAAGACUUCAAAGUGUCAGAGAUGGAAAUCGAGGAGACGGAGGAAGAUGAAUCAGACUUGUAUACACAGCAAUCAGAAAACUGUGCUCAAACUUCUAAUAUGAACCUUGAGCAUCAGGAUAGUGCUAUAAUGCAAAAGACAGAAAUGGCUCGUUUUACAAAUAGUAGUGAACCAAGGUCCUUAAUUUCAAGUGGUAUGCUGGUUGCACCACUAAAGACCAGCAAGAGUCUUCAUCCUGUACUUGACACUAUGCUAGGGCACAGUCCUGUCUCCAAUGUGCCUGUGAGUGGGUGUCACGCACCGCUGGUAAAGCCCUCCAUUAUCAUGGGGCUCUGGGAGGGUAAAGACAUUGAGCAAGACAAAGGAAUGGAUUCUGUACUUACUAGUACAAUACAAGAUGACAAAAAACAGCAUCCAGAUGGAACUAGAUCAGAAAAAGAGUUGAGAAUCUCAUCUUGGCAGCGAAGUAAAAAUUACUACUGUAAAAUAUGUUUUAAAAAUUUCUAUGAUUUAUCAGAAUUGAAAAAACAUAGAUUGAUUCAUAGCAUGGAAAAACCAUAUAAAUGUCAAAAAUGUGAUAAGCAGUAUUGCUAUUCUUCUCUAUUGGAAAGGCACCAAAUGGUUCAUACUGGUGAAAGACCGUUCAAAUGUCAAAUAUGUCAACAUGGGUUUUCUAGAGUUUAUCUAUUGGAAAGACAUCAAGUUGUUCAUACUGGUGAAAAACCAUUUAUGUGUGAAAUAUGUUGUAAAAGAUUUUCUUUUCCUUAUCAAUUGAAAAAACACCAAAUGAUUCACUCUGGUGAAAAACCGUACAAAUGCCAAAUAUGUCUACGUGGGUUUGCAAGAGCUGCACAUUUAAAAACCCACCAAACUGUUCAUACGGGUGAAAAACCAUUUAAAUGUCCAACGUGUCAUAAAGGUUUUUUACAUUCUACGUAUUUAAAAUAUCAUCUGCUGGUUCAUGUUAUUGGUGAGAAUCCAUUUAAAUGUCAACAAUGUCAAUGUGGAUUUUCCACACCUUCAAAAUUAAAGAGUCACCAUUGUGAAAAACAGUCACUAAAAUGUCAAGCAUGUCGUCAAGUUUUUUCUAGUAUUUCAAAUUUAAAAAAACAUGAACUGAUUCAUGCAGGCAAACAAAUAUUCAAAUGUCAAGCAUGCUCUAAAGAUUUUUUUUUCCCUUCACUUUUGAAAAAACAUCAAACGGUUCAUACUGGUGGAAAGCUGUUUAAAUGUCAAACAUGUGAUAAAGGUUUUAUGUAUAAUUCACAUUUGAAAGUACACCAAAAGCUUCAUACAGAGGAAAAACCUUUUAAAUGUCAAACUUGUUCUAAAAGUUUCAUAACAUUUAUGAAUCUAAAAUAUCAUGAACUGGUUCAUGCAGGUCAAAAAACAUUCAAAUGUCAAACUUGUGGAGAGGAAUUUGAUACAUUUUCAAAAUUGAAAAGACACCAAUUGUUUCACACUGGUGAAAAACCAUUUCAUUGUCCAACAUGUCCAAAAGGUUUUACAACAUCUUUACUUUUGAAACUACACCAAAUGAAUCAUAGGGGUGAAAAGCCAUUUAAAUGUCAAACAUGUCAUAAAGGUUUUAAGGCGUUCUCAACUUUAAAAUACCAUCAGCUGAUUCAUACAAGUCGAAAACCAUAUAAAUGUCCAAUACGUCAUAAACGUUCACAAUUGAAAACAUUCCAAAAGAUUCCUACUAGUGAAAAACCUUUUAAAUGUCAAACAUGUCAUAAAGGUUAUAAGACAUCUAGGAAUUUGAAAUUACAUCAGCUGGUUCACACAGAUCAAAAAACUUUCAAAUGCCAAGCUUGUCAAAAAGAAUUUGCUAAAUUUUCCCUAUUGAAGAGGCAUCAACUGAUUCAUACUGGUGAAAAACCAUUUAAAUGUCAAACCUGUCAUAAAGGUUUUACUCAAUCUUCGAGUCUUAAAACACACCAAAGGGUUCAUACAGGGGAAAAACCAUUUAAAUGUCAAACAUGCCUUAAGAAUUUUCUAACAUCUUCAAAUUUGAAACUUCAUCAGCAGGUUCAUACUGAUGAAAAGCCAUUCAAGUGUCAAACAUGUCAAAAAGAUUUUCCUAGCUAUAUAAAAUUGAAAAGUCAUCAGCUUAUCCAUUCAGGUGAAAAACUAUUUAAAUGUCAAACAUGUCACAAAGGUUUUAGAUCGUCUUCAACUUUGAAAACACAUCAAUUGGUUCAUAUUGACAAAAAAACUUUAAAAUGUCAAGUGUGUCUAAAAACAUUUUCUCUAUCUGAAGAAUUGAAAAAUCACCAGCUAACUCAUACUUGUAAGAAAUCAUUUAAAUGUGAGGUAUGUCAAAAAGGAUUUUCUAAAUCUUCAAAAUUGCAAAGACACCAAAUGACUCACACCGGAGAAAAAACAUUUAAAUGUGACAUAUGUCAUAAAGGAUUUUCUAGGUCUUCUAAAUUGCAAAGACACCAAAUGACUCACACUGGUGAAAAACCAUUCAAAUGUGACAUAUGUCUUAAAGGAUUUUCUAAAUCUUCAAAAUUGCAAAGACACCAAAUGACUCACACUGGUAAAAAGCCAUUCAAAUGUGACAUAUGUCUUAAAGGCUUUUCUAAAUCUUCAAAAUUGGAAAGACACCAAAUGACUCACACUGGUGAAAAACCAUUCAAAUGUGGCAUAUGCCUUAAAGGCUUUUCUAAAUCUUCAAAAUUGAAAAGACACCAAAUGACUCAUGCUGACAAAAAAAACAUUACGUCCAUGAUGGCUGAUACAAAGCAUGACUUUUCUCUUGAUCUGAACCAUGCCUUAAAACAUGUGAAGGAGGAAAAGGAAGAACCAGAUUCAUUAACACAACCAUGUGAAGAACAAGACUUCAAAGUGCCAGAGAUAAAAACUGAGAAGAUAGAUGAAGAGGAAUCAGACUUGUAUACCCAGCAAUCAGAAAGCUUUGCUGAAACGGCUAAUGUAAAACUUGAACAUCAGGAAACUGUGAUAAAGGAAGAGACAGAAAAAAGCCACUUUACAGAUAAUUAUGAACCAUGGUCCUUAGACACAAAACUGCUGGCUGUAUCAAAAAAGGAGGACAACAGUCUUUAUCCUGUACCUAUCAUCAAACCGGGAAACACCUCUGACUUAGAAAUGUCUGUCAAUAACCAAGAAGGAGAAAUGACUUCGACAAAGUAUGUAAUCUCUAGGAGUAUACACAAUCAAAAAGGACAAAAUCUUCACAUUGAAACUGUUUUAGGAAAAGAGAUGAACAAUUCUUCGACUCAUCAAAGUAAAAAACACUUCAAUUUAAAAAUUCGUUUAAAAGAAUUUUCACAACCUGCAGCGUUGAAAAAACAAUUUCAAUGUGAAAUAUGUCUCAAAGUAUUUCCUAAAUCUUCCUUAUUUAAAAGACACCAAAUGGCAGUUCAUUCAGGGGAAAAGCCAUUUAAAUGUCAGACGUGUCAAAAAGGAUUUGCUCAGUCUUCACAUUUAAAAAGACAUGAAGUGAUUCAUACUGGGGAGAAACCAUUCAAAUGUGAAAUAUGUUCUAAAUGUUUUUCUUCAACUUACAAUUUGAAUAAACAUGAGGUGGUUCAUGCAUAUGAAAAACCAUUUAAGUGUCAAAUAUGCCAAAAAGGUUUUUCUGAAUCUAGAAGCUUCAAAGGUCAUCAAGCAAUGCAUACUGGUGAAAAACAUUUUAAAUGUCCAACAUGUCAAGAUUUAUUUGCUACAUAUUCUUCUCUGAAAACUCACCAGCUAAUUCAUACUGGUGAAAAAGCAUAUAAAUGUGAAGUAUGUCAAAAAGAAUUUGUCAAAACCUCAGAAUUUAAAAGACACCAAAUGGUUCACACUGGGGAAAAACCAUAUAAAUGUCAUGUGUGUCUAAAAGAGUUUUCUCAAUCUGGACAUUUGAAAAAUCACCAGCUCACCCAUACCGGUGAAAAGCCAUUUAAAUGUCAAACGUGUCAUAAAGGUUUUUCUAGUUCUUCACAUUUGAAAAAACAUCAGAGAAUUCAUACUGGUGAAAAACCAUUUAAAUGUCAAUUGUGUCCAAAAGAGUUUACACAAUCUGGACAUUUGAAAAAUCACCUGUUUAUUCAUUGUGACGAAAAGCCAUUUAAAUGUCAAACAUGUCACAAUGUAUUUUCAAGUGCUUCCUAUUUGAAAGAGCAUCAGCUUUCUCAUACUGGGGACAACCCAUAUAAAUGUGAAGUAUGCCAUAAAGGAUUUGCCAAAUCUUCAAAAUUGAAGAGGCACCAAAUAGUUCAUACUGGUGAAAAGCCAUUUAAAUGUGAUGUCUGCUUAAAAGAGUUUUCUCAAUCUGGACAUUUGAAAAAACACCAGCUAACUCAUACUGGGGAAAAUUCAUAGCAGAAUCUGAAAAAGUUGACUGUCUCACUUGAUCAAUGAAGCAUGUUAGAUGUUCACAAAAAUAUUCAAAAGUUUGAUAGCUUUUUUGUUUAUAUUGAAAGCAGUAUGAAACAUAACUUAAACCAGAAAAUUUUGAGACUGGCCUUACACUCUAUGCACUAGAGUCACCAAGAAAAUGCUAGGACAUCUCAGCCGAUGGCUGUUAAAAGAAUUUUUAAGACACUCUUUGUUGGAGCUUGCCACAUAACCAAACCAUAGGGACAUGCAAUAUGUAUCUACAAAAUAUGCACGAACAGAUUCUUGGGAUUAUAGAUACCAAUGUGAAAGGUCUGUCUUUGUGUGUGUAUAAGAAGUUGUGGAAUUGAAAAGGUUAGAUAACAAUGUUCUGGAUCAUUGCUAUGUUGAGAUGAACCUAGACACAUAAGUUUUAUACUGCUAUAAGCAAUUCUAAGAUGUAGUCUUAAUUGAUGAUGCUUGUAAUUUAGUAAUGUAUUAAGCAUUAUUUCCUCAAAGAGGCAGUUGAUUAAUCACUAAUAAACUAUAGUCUAUUCUAAUUUUUUUUUUUUUUACUUACAUGUUGUAAACAAUUCUGAAUGCAUCAGUAUUAUUUAUGUUUUAAUAUUAUGUUGUAUGAUUUAGUGUACAUUAUUGACUUAUUGUUGUUCUAGCCAGCUUAUUGCUGCUGAGCUGUAGGCAUUACCUGUUAGCUUUUUUGCAGUACAUGCCAAGGGAAAAAAGAUCUAUUACCAUUUAAAUUUAAUAUAUCAAAUCAAUAUUUUUGUAAGUACAGGGGAGUUUAUGUAAUAACCUCAUAGACAUUCAAUAAGUUUUGAAAAUAUGUUAGUUGCUUCCCUUACAACACAUUUAUUAUUAUUGUUUUAUAAUUGUUGUAAUAUUAUGUUGUACGAUUUAAUGAUAUUUAUUAUUGAAAUAAUAUAUAUUUUUUUUUUAAUAAUAAUAACAAUGAAGUGCUUAUAGAGAGAUAAUUUUACAAAUUCCUUUAUAUCUGUGUUCUUUAUUUUAUAUUUAUUCAGCAUAAACAUAUCACUGAAUCUCAACGUUUAGUUCACUUGUAUCACAAGAAUGCUAUUUAUUAGUCACAGAACUGACCUCUGACAGCCUAUUCUCAUUUCUAAACACAUGAGGUAUGCCCCUGAAACCAAUGCUCUCUCCUCAUUUCUAAACACAUGAGGUAUGCUCCUGAAACCAAUGCUCUCUCCUCAUUUCUAGACACAUGAGAUAUGCCCCUGAAACCAAUGCUCUCUCCUCAUUUCUAAACACAUGAGAUAUGCCCCUGAAACCAGUGCUCUCUCCUCAUUUCUAGACACAUGAGGUAUGCCCCUGAAACCAAUGCUCUCUCCUCAUUUCUAGACACAUGAGGUAUGCCCCUGAAACCAAUGCUCUCUCCUCAUUUCUAAAUGCAUGAGAUAUGCCCCUGAAACCAAUGCUCUCUCCUCAUUUCUAGACACAUGAGGUAUGCCCCUGGAACCAAUGCUCUCUCUUCAUUUCUAGACACAUGAGUUUUGCCCCUGGAACCAAUGCUCUCUCCUCAUUUCUAGACACAUGAGGUAUGCCCCUGAAACCAAUGCUCUAUCCUCAUUUCUAAACACAUGAGGUAUGCCCCUGAAACCUAUGCUCUCUCCUCAUUUCUAAACACAUGAGGUAUGCCCCUGAAACCAAUGCUCUAUCCCCAUUUUUAAACACAUGAGGUAUGCCCCUGAAACCAAUGCUCUAUCCUCAUCAUGUCCCUGAAACAAGUACUUUGGUCCAACAUUACCAUUGAAGUUCUCUCUCCUGUACACAGUUUGUCGUCAGUGUAUAUAUAACAAUGAGAUGCCCUUGUACCUUAGCGAGCUGAUUACUCCAUAUGUCCCCCAGAGAGCCCUGCGCUCAAUGGACUCAACGCUUUUAGCAGUGCCACGUUACUCCCUCAAAAGCUACGGGCUGCAGGCUUUUUCAGUGCACGGACCAAAGGUUUGGAACUCACUCCCCAUUGAUCUCAGACAGACAAAAAAUUUUUUUAGAUUAGUUCUUGAAUGUUGCAUUCGUAUUUGUGUUUGUAAUGUUAUUACAGCGCCUUGAGCCUACAUUUUGUUUGUUAACAGCACUUUAUAAAUAAAAUUAUUAUUAUUAUUCUACAAGCCUAUCAGUCUUGUCACAAGUAACUGCCCUGCAGAAUCAAUAUGUAAUACUCUUACUAAAUAUUAAACUAUGAUUAUGACAUGCUGCUGAUUAGAAGACAUAAUUCAUGUCAUUAUUAUAUUUAAAUCUAACUUUUAGCUUUACAUAGCCCUACCUUCAUGUUUAUAGCAUGCUCAGAACGCUAUGGUCCUAUCUCAUUUGUGAACCAGUGGGGGUAGGGGUUAUCUGGGAGAAGGUUUUCCGUGCUGCCUUUAGACGCUCAGUAAACACAACUCUGCUCAAGUUGGGUGCCGAACCUCAAGCCCCUUUCAUAGGUCGCCAAGUUCAAGUGUACUGUUAUGAACAUAAUGAUAACAGAGUCGAAAACCAUGUCCGCUUUGUAUGGCUUUAAUACACUGAAUGACUAAACAACACACAUUUUGUGAGCACAUUCUUACAGACGAGUUACAAGCAGAUGUAAACAUAAGAACGACAACCGAUACAGAAUAUAAAUUUCAUAACAUGUACUUAGCCUCUCGACCACGCUCCCCACUAAUCAGGGUUAUGAUCUAAACUUGUCAUGUAGCUGAUAAACUUUAUUAAUGCUGUAUACUUGUAAUAAGUGCUUCAACUUUGCAUCUAAGAAAAAUGGAGCUAUGAAGACUUUGGUAGAUUUGAACAUUUCUUAUAGUAUUAGAUACUUUGACAUACUCUUGUUGUAUCAUCUUUUUGUGGAUUAAAUAAUGUUCAUACUUUAA